AUGACGUUCCACGGCAUAGUUCCGGGAUUGUCCUGCUCGCCAAUGGGAAAAGUGCGGGUUGAUGUGCUAUUCGGUGGCCGAGAUAAAUGCCGUGUCGAGAACAUUCUGUUUGAGGUUGUCGAUCUGGACAACCCUUACCAUGCACUGCUUGGGAGACCGGCAUUGGCUAAGUUCAUGGCCUCAAUUCAUACAGCGUAUCUAAAGAUGAAGAUGUCGGCACCUAACGGUCCCUUAACCGUGGUGGGAAACUACAAGGUCAAGCUAGAAACCGCAUCAGUCGGAUCAAACUUGGCCGAGUCGCUGGUCAUAGCGGAGGAAAAAAGAAGGAUACAAACUGCUAUCGCGCUGGCUCAAUCAUCCCAGCUGAAUUAG